AUGUCAGAAUACACCAGCAAAAGCAACAACAACAACAGUAGCAGCAAUUACAACACGGGAGCUUUUUAUCACGGCUAUAGGGACAGAAGCGCAUUUGGUGAUAGCCUGCGUGGAGGAACUGAGAGUGAUUUGACAAAAUCAACCUGGUUCUCAACUGCAACAUCAAGCUUAGAGAAUAAAUACGAUCAUAGAAUUUUCCCUGAUGGGCCAAUGGCGAUGAGUUUUGAAAAGUAUGUGCAUAAUAUAUUUCGUCCUGGAAAUAAGUUACCAAAACUCUCCGCUACUUCGGGUAACUCGAUAAGUGCCCAAAGAAUGCUUCGAGUUCACGAUUUAUUCGGUUCUGCUGCUCUGAAUGAAUCCUUUGAUGAAGACAUCAUGAAAACACCAUUGGAAAAAAUGUUCAAUGAGUAUAGCCUAACAGGAAGUGCGGAUUACUUAUCAUACUCCUCUUACUACCCGACGAACAGUGUCAACUCAACUUGUAACUCAACCGUAUUGUCACCUUUCCAAAGUAAGGAUGGUUAUGCAUUUUACUGGAGAAAAGUCGAUGAUGACUGGAAACGGAAUAACAAGCAGAUGAUUAUUGAUUAUAAAGGAUCCAAUAACACGCCAUUGACUCCAUACAUGUACGCCGAACAUCCGUAUGUUCGCAGUCAGGAUUCACGUAUUGUUGGAUCGAACUUCGUCCAAAUAACAUCACGGCCAAAAGAUCGUUUUUUGGAGAAAAUCGACCAGACGCUUGCUGAAGUUCGAGCUAUGCCUCGGUUUUAAAUAACGAAAUCGGUGAUAGCUUUUUUCUCUAGAUAGAAUACACCGAGUUAUUAAUUAAUAAAACAAACGUUCUCAC